AUGCUGGUGACCUAUUUGGAAGCCAGCCGGGACCUUUGCGAGACGGACUCAAUUCUUUUUGGCGCUGCGCUGGCAGUCUGCCGUAUCAUAGGCGCCAAGGUUUCCACGGCUGGACGCGUUACUGGCCAUAGUAGCGCUAUCCCAGCAUGGAGAAGAAGAAUUGAGGAACGUAUCGCAAAGGCUAGAGCUCUCAUCGGCAGACUGAUAUGCUUCAGAUCAGGCAACAACAGGCCAAGAAUUGUGCGCACCGUCAGGAUGGCGUUUGCUGGGACAAAUGUCAGUUUGUCCCAGCCGGAUAUAACGCAAAAACUGACGGAGCGCAUAGAUGAUCUGAAGCAGAGAAUCGCUGCUUGGGGAAAGCGGAUUCGGCGAUAUACCGAGAGGUCGACACGGUUCAACCAGAUUCGUCUCUUCCAGAGUGAUCAGAAAAGGCUCUAUGAAUCAUUGGAGCGACCAAUGGUAAGUGGAACGGGUCCAGCACCGAAUCAGGCCGACACUGUAGCAUUCUGGCGCGGCCUGUGGUCAGAGCCCGUAAACCACAGCGAGGGCCCUUGGACGGAAGUUGUGGCGAGUCAGUGUGCGGAUAUUACGCCCAUGGACCCCGUCAUCAUAACGCCGGAUGACGUAGCUGAGGCGGUCCGUAGGGCCCCGAACUGGAAAAGUCCGGGGCUUGACGGGCUGCAUCACUACUGGCUGAAGGGGUUCAUGAAUGCAAAGUAG